UGUGUUGUUGUUAAGGAUUACAGCUGUAAGCAAUGUCAUCCGCAGCAUCCAAGGAAAUAAAGAACAUGAGAGAAUUUUUAAAUGAAACCGAAAUUAACCUACUUGAGUGCAAGGUCUGCUUUGAGAAGUACAGCUGUGAGCAGAGGCACAGGCCCAAAAAUCUUCCCUGUGGCCAUGUUAUAUGUCAACAAUGUGUUUCGUCUCUCUGUCCUGCUGGAAGUCCAAGACUGGAGUGUCCCUUUUGUCGCAAAACUUGUAGAACAUUGGAGACCAGUGUGUGCUUACCUAUCCUUCACUUAAUGGAGCUCGUAAGUUGUGUGGUUCCUGAACAAUCGGAAUGUGGGUCUGGAACUAGUGCAAGUCAUGAAGUAACCAAGCUAAAAUCUGCAAGUUUUAACCUUGGAUAUUCAUUUGGGGGUUGGGGCGUACUAUUCAAUCCAACUGGGAUAGCCGUUUGCAAGACAACAGGUUAUUUGGUAGUGGCACAUGAUGGGAAGAAAAGGAUUGGAAUAUUUUCCAUGAAUGGAAAGUGUAUUCGUCAAAUGGGUUCAAAAGUUGAUUCGUCUAAUUCAAUUGUUUAUCCGAAUGAUGUGGCAAUAACAUUGGAUGGAUUCAUUGUUGUGACGGAUGCAGGAGACAGAUCCUUUAAAGUGUUCACUCAAUCAGGGGAAAGUAGGUUGGUCAUUAAACAACCAUUUUGCUUUCCAUGGGGGCUGGGUACUACCCCUCAAAAUGAAAUAAUAGUUUCUGAUACAGAUGCAGGUAGCCUAAUUGUUGUUGCUGCAGACUUCAAACGAGGUAAAGUCAAGAAGAUCGUAAAUAUCUAUUCUAAUUUAGAUCACCCAAGAGAAGUCGCUGUGUGUCCAUCCAGUGGAGCAGUUGUUGUGGUUGAACACUUGACAAUGAGUAGCAAGAAUUCCAGCAAUACACAAAUAAAAUUGUUCAGCUGUGAGAUGAAGCUCAUAAGACAAAUUAAUAACUUUGCCUUAAGCUUGCUUCUCCCUUUACCAGCUCACACAACUGGAGUGACAUUUGACAAAGAAGGGAACAUCUUAAUAGCUGAUGCCAAUAACAGAUGUGUCAUAUGUAUAGACAAAAUGGAAGAACGAAAUUUCCUAAAGUAUGUUGUGGCCAGCGGCCUGUCUUAUCCUAUAGCAUUAACACUUUUAGAGGAUAAGUCUAUUGCUGUUUUAGAUAGUGGGAAUAAUUCCGUAAUAGUUUAUACUCCAUAAUUAACUUUUGCGGAAGUGGGCAACUUUUUCUGAACAUGGCUUAAUCUAUUAGAAAAGGUUAAAUGCAGUGCACAGUUCAGAAAACAUAUAAUUUGCUGUAUUUAUUUAUUUUGUCCUUCAAAAUGUAUUGGUCUAGUGCAAUUGUGCAUGCGCUUUCAGAGAGCAUUAUAUGGGACUGAUGCUACAGUAGGACCAACCAGAC